UGUCAGCACCAUGAGCGGCGCCGGCGCAAACUACGACUAUCCUCCUCACCACCACCACCAGCCGGUGUCUGCUGAGCAACAACCACCGCCACAGAUGGCUCUCCCGUCCAUCCAGCACUUCGAUGCGCAAUCCCAGCAGCAACAGCAGCAGCAGCCGCCGCCUCCAGCACCCCAACAGCACUACGCUCCGCCGCCCUACAAUCCCGCCACGAUGCUGUCGCAUGCGCAGCACCCACAACAUCCUCCUCCCUACCCGCCCGUUCAAUAUCAAUACCACACCGGCGCAGUUCCACCUCCGGCAGCACCCAUGCAAAGCGCCAGCGGUCAAAACGGUAUGAUGCGCUAUCCCAUCCCGCCGCAGGCUUCGUUGGAGUCGCGUCAGAUGUCCGGCGGACACAGCAAGAAGGAGAUCAAGCGGAGGACAAAGACGGGAUGCAUAACAUGUCGCAAACGAAGAAUAAAGUGUGACGAGGCCCAACCGACUUGUCGCAAUUGUCAGAAAAGCAAGCGCGAGUGCAUGGGCUACGAUCCCGUCUUCAAACAGACGCCUCAGCCAGCUCCGAUCCAGCCCGCUCCGAAUCCUCCUCUCCUCCAGCAGCAACACUCGACUGCACAUCACCACCACCUCCACCAACAAUCACCGCUGCCUCCUCCGCCGCAUCACCUUAAUCAACAACCACCACCGCCGCCGCCAUCACAACACCAACUUCACCAGUCGCCGUCCAUACCACACAACCCAUACCAGUCGGCGCCCUCAUACCCUGGUACUGGAGGAGCUUUUGGGCCAGCUCCGAUCGCAUCAUACCCCACCGGCGCACAGUCGCAUCAAGACUACCAACCUCCAUCGCUUGAUCCCGCACUGUCCACCGCAUCACCGCAACAGCAGAACAUGGCACACAACAACUAUCCACCGUCGCUGCAACCUCAGCGUGAUGUCAAGUCAGUCUCGAUGGAAGACCUCUUUUCUCUACAUGAUGUGCCGCCGCGCUAUCGCGAAGGGGAUACCUCUGUGAUCCAGGCUGUGGGUCUCGAGGUCAUCGACACAUCUUUCAAAUACCACUAUGCAAGCGGACUGGACAGGCUGUUCGAGACCACGUGGUACUCGCAGCGAGGAUUUGCGCAGCUCCGCGAAGAUGCAGAGCUACAAAGCUAUUUCAUUCAGUGUAUGGAGCAAAUGUCUUCAAGAGACGAGUCCGCCGUUAAGGCUACCAUGUCGAUGGAGGCGCGACUAGUAUGGCUUCUGGCGAGCUUGCCACGUACUGCCGCGUAUCAUUUGUUUCCAUCCGAGACGACCAGCCGUCUGCCUUGA